GUGUGCCUGUGUUACCUGAAAAACCCAAGAGAAAUUGGGAGCAGAGAAAGAAGAAGAGCAGCUCAAGAUGGUGAAGGUCGCAACCUACUUCGCUAUGACUUUGGGAGCUUUCGUUUUCUGGCAAACCAUGGACAAAGUCCACGUCUGGAUCGCUCUGCAUCAGGACGAAAAGCAAGAAAGACUGGAAAGGGAAAUGGAAGUUAAGAGGUAUAGAGAAGAGCUACUUCAGGAGCAAGCCAGACAAAGGAAGGCCGAAGCAUGAGCUACUUUCAAUUGUCUUGUACCCUGUUUUCCCUUUGUUUUCCUCUAAUUGCUCUUCUGUUGGGGUAUUUUUCUUUUCAACAAUAUGAUUGUUCUGGAAUAAUUUUACUUUGGCAUUCACUGAAGAAGCUAAGUUUAUGACUUUGUAUAAGAUUUUCAAAAAUAUUAUAUUAUGCUAUUCAAUGUUUUAGCAACA